UUGCCUUUUUUGGCUUUUUUGCCUUUUUUUUCCUCCCCCUUUUUUUCCCCCUGCUUUUACAAGAAGGAAAGAAAACGUUAUCAAGAUUCUCAGAUGGCUUAGACAAAUAAUAAUAAUCUGUGAAAAUACGAAGUCGACCGGUUCUUGAUUUCCCCCCUUCCCUCCCCUCCAGCUCCCCAGCCCACUGCUGAGAUUGAGCUAAAAGGACCUGUUUCCUGGAGGACGAGAACAGACACGUUUCUGGUGGUGUAGAAGGGACCGAUGGCCAUGCUUCAGAGUGUAGCGGAGACGCAGGAGAGAGAUUCAACCUGUUAACAAAAAAAUUAAGCAGGGGCAAAAUAUCAACGGGAAGGAAAGAUAUAUAUACAUAUAUACACACGUGUAUAUAUAUACAAUUUAGAAGUAUUCCCCAGGUGGCCACAAAGCAUGGGCUGUGUUCCAAGCACCAACCUCUCUGACAGCAGAGUGAUCUGUCACAGUAGCAAUGAGUCUGAGGAGUACAAUUUCCCUCACCAGACCAACACAACCAUGUCUCAGCAGCAGCAAGGCAACCCCGUCCCAGGAUUAUUCAUUAAAUGCUACAACACAUCCACUUAUGAGGCGAGGACUAAUUCCUCUAAGAAAGACAAGAGGGAGAACAGCCAGAGCAUGGAGGCAGAGGCCCAGACCGGCAGAUCCAAUGUUAAGGCACCAGUAACAGAUGUGCAGUUUGGCCCUAUGAGACUUCAUCAAGAUCAACUUCAGGUACUUUUAGUGUUUGCUGAGGAGGACGAGCAGAGUAACGGGUUCCGCUGGGCGUGUGACAAGGCUGGAUUUCGGUGUAAUCUUGCCAGGACACCUCAGUCUGCACUAGAAUGUUUUCUAGAUAAGCACCAUGACAUUAUCAUCAUUGACCAUAGACAUUCCAGAUACUUUGAUGCAGAAGCAUUAUGCAGGUCUAUCAGAACAACGAAAGCCUCAGAAAAUACAGUCAUUAUUUGUGUGGUACAAAGGCACACUGAUCGUGAGGAGUCAUCAAUAUUGCCCCUGAUCUCUGCUGGCUUCACAAGGAGAUAUGUAGAAAAUUCUAGUAGAAUGGCCUGUUACAAUGAGUUGAUUCAGCUGGAAUUUGGACAGGUGCAGGCACAAUUCAAACUAAGGGCAUGUAAUUCAUUAUUUACAGCAUUAGAGAAAAGUCAAGAAGCCAUUGAGAUCACAAGUGAAGACCAUGUAAUACAGUACGUCAAUCCUGCUUUUGAAACAAUGAUGGGCUAUCAAAUAGGUGAACUAAUAGAAAAGGAAUUAACAGAAGUGCCUAUAAAUGAAAAAAAAGCUGAUUUCCUAGAUACUAUUAAUUCCUGCAUAAAGAUAGGAAAGGAAUGGCAAGGAAUGUACUAUGCGAAAAAGAAAAAUGGAGAUAGCAUACAACAAAAUGUGAAGAUACUACCUGUCAUUGGACAGGGAGGAAAGAUUAGACACUAUGUGUCAAUUAGUAGACUGUGCAAUGACAACAAUAAGGUGGAGAAGACAUGUGAAUGUAUUCAGGCUGAAUCUCAGACAGAUACUCAGACAUGCAGACACAAAGACAUGAGGAAAGGAUCCCUGGAUGUCAGAUCCACAACAUCACGUGGGAGCGAUGGCAGCUCCCAGCGGCGCCGCUCCUCCAUGGCCAGGGUCCAUUCCAUGACGAUUGAGGCUCCCAUCACCAAGGUAAUAAACAUCAUCAAUGCUGCACAAGAGAGCAGUCCCAUGCCAGUUGCAGAAGCUUUAGACCGGGCUUUGGAGAUUUUAAGAACCACUGAAUUGUACUCUCCACAACUGGGGACAAAAGAUGAGGAUCCACAUACAAGUGACCUUGUUGGAGGGUUAAUGACAGAUGGUUUACGAAGAUUAUCUGGGAACGAAUACAUAUUGUCAGCAAAACAAACUCAUCAGGUUGCUGGCAGUCUGAGCUCUCCAAUCUCCCUCAAUGACAUACCCCCACGGAUAACACAGGCAAUGGAAAAUGAGGAACAGUGGGAUUUUGAUAUCUUUGAACUUGAGGCUGCCACCCAUAAAAGGCCUUUGGUUUAUCUGGGUCUCAAAAUAUUUGCUCGCUUUGGAAUCUGUGAAUUCCUGAACUGUUCAGAAUCCACUCUGAGGUCAUGGUUACAAGUUAUUGAGGCUAACUACCAUUCCUCCAACUCCUACCAUAAUUCUACUCAUUCAGCAGAUGUACUACACGCUACUGCUUACUUCUUGUCUAAAGAAAGAGUAAAGCAAACUCUGGAUCCAAUUGAUGAGGUUGCCGCGCUCAUUGCUGCCACAGUCCAUGAUGUGGAUCACCCAGGAAGAACCAAUUCGUUCCUGUGCAAUGCUGGCAGCGAGCUCGCAAUUCUCUACAACGACACGGCCGUGCUGGAGAGCCACCACGCUGCCCUGGCUUUCCAGCUCACCACCCGGGAUGGCAAAUGCAAUAUAUUUAAAAACAUGGAGAGGAAUGAGUAUCGAACCCUUCGCCAAGUCAUUAUUGACAUGGUCUUAGCAACAGAAAUGACAAAGCACUUUGAGCAUGUCAACAAAUUUGUCAACAGCAUUAACAAACCCUUGGCAGCACUAGAAGAAAAUGGGAAUAAUGGUGAUGGAGAGUCAAUCAAAACUGUUCUCAGGUCUCCUGAAAACCGUAUCCUUAUCAAGCGCAUGUUGAUAAAGUGUGCUGACAUUUCCAAUCCAUGCAGACCCAGAGAACAGUGUAUAGAAUGGGCCGGCCGCAUCUCUGAGGAGUACUUUGCACAGACUGACGAAGAAAGGAGGCAAGGUUUACCUGUUGUGAUGCCAGUUUUUGACAGAAAUACUUGCAGCAUCCCCAAAUCCCAAUUAUCAUUCAUUGAUUACUUCAUUAUUGAUAUGUUUGAUGCCUGGGAUGCAUUUGCCGACCUGCCAAAUCUGAUGGAGCAUCUGAAUAAUAACAUUAAAUACUGGAAAGGACUGGAUGGAAGGAACCUGCGAGUCCUUCGACCACCACCAGAAUAGCAGUUAGACCAUGGUGUGUCAUUCACUAGCCAGAUGCAUAUUUAUUCAAGCUCACUUUUAUCUGUGUGAAUUCAGAUUUGUUUUGGUCUCUUCAGUAUUACAGUAAAGCUAGCCCAUGCACUUGGGGAACUUUCACGUUCAAGAGAACACGAGGUCAGCAGUUGACUUCCACAAAGUACCAUGUGUGGACUCGGAUGAAAUAAGCCCACCAAGUGGAAUUACACUGGAUUGCUGCAGUACUUGUACUGAAGAGGGUUUAUUAUGAACAUACUUCUGUGAUAUCUUCAUACCAGCACAUGAAGCUGGAAGACCUUGAAGAGAAUCCUCAUGAAAAGGACAUUCACUAGAAGUUUAUCUAUUAAUAGAGACUCACCGCUUUUAUGAGAAAGCUACAUGCUUUUUAUAAGCACUUCAGACAGUUAUGUAGAACAAUCAGACAUUUAAAAUGCAACUGUCUAUGAAAGAAUUUUUUGAUCUAUGAAAAAUAGAUGUACUGUAUUUUUUCACAUCACAGAAGGUGCAAUCAUUCACUUCUGAGCACUACUGAAAGUGAGUUCUCCUUAAGAAAUUUAGUAGCAAAUGUAAAAAAUAACACAAGAAUUUUGAGGUUGAUCGUUAGCAUCUAUGAUUAAAAUGUUAUGUUUUAUUUAUUUUGUUAGAUGUUCAAUAUUUUCUAUGAAUUUAUAAAUACUUAAAAGCCAAAGCCAACUUUAGAUGCAUUAUAAAUUUACAUGAUUCAUACUCAUUAAUAUACCUUUAAUUGAUGUACAGACCUUUUAUUUUCAUAAUGCAAAUACAAAAUACUAUACAAUGAUACAUUUUUAUUGCACUGUAAGGAUAGAUGUGUAUGUUUAAAUAUUGUCUGAUUUAUGUUAAUUAAAAUAAGUUUUAUUAAAAAGGUCUCACUUGAGAAUAGUAGAAUAAACAAGAACUGUAUACUGUCUGAGCACCAGAACUGCAGUAGUUCUCCCACAAACCAGUGAAGACCACCUGAUCUUCUCUUGGCUACAAAAAUAAUAAUGUGUUGGAACUCUGUUAUCUCCCAUGACAUUUUAUGACUGAAUUCCCUGUUAAAGUCUGCCUUAUUUUAUAUAGUAUUUCUACAAAGCAUUCCACAGCAUAUAUGAAGAGGUGAUACUAAGGUGAUUCAACAUUUUAUAGCCAAUGUAUUUUCCUCUGCCAUAAAGGAAAAAGAACAUAAAACCACCAACACAAACCUUCAACUCAAGAAGUUUGUAAAGGCUGUGUACCUUCACAAUUUGAAUGAAACCUUCAUAGCAACUACCAGAAAAUAAUAAAAUGUAUAUUUUAAGAAGUGUCAAGUCCUACCCAUUUCAUUUGAAAUGUAUACGCACUUUGUAGUUUGCAGACUAACAAACACAUGAAAUUCUUUUUAAAAUAACUAAGAUACUUUUUGUCGGGGGAAGGGAAAAGUUGAGGAGGUUGAACAGCAUAAGGGUGAUGAAAGGUGUAGCUGGCAAGCCCCUGUGUUUGUGGCCUGCCCUUGGCAAGCCCAUCAGACCCUUGUGCACCCUUGGACAAGUCUCUUCACAGCUCCGCGCAGUGUCGCGCUGUGUUCCACUGGAGGACUCGAGCAGUAUCCUGUCAGCCUCCCCAGUCAACAGAAAGGCAUCCAGAGGCACUGAAAGGGCUGCUGACUGUCAUUACUGCAGAGGCAAUUGAGUUCAGAGACAUUUUGAACCAUUCCUGAAGAAGCAGAAGCCAGGGAGAGGUGGAUGAUGGAGCAGUUCAGGGACUGCAGUAGCAGCCUUAAGGCUCCUGUGUCUCCAUUAGGGGAAAAUUGAAUCACACAUCAGUGUCUCUUCUGCUUAUCUGCUGCAGUGAGGAUGGGAGAGGACGUGUGGGCAUGAGCAUGUGGGCUCAGAGACUUAUCUGCAGAGAUACUGGUCAGAGCUCCUGAGAUGCCAGAGCUUCGUCCUCCCACCCCACUGUGCGCCAGGCUUGGUGAGACUCCCGGGAGAGCCGAAUGCCAUCGGCGGGCACGGAGUCGCAGCACUGUCCCCACGCUGGCUGGUGCCGGCUGUUUCACUCUCUGCUUACUCCCAGCCUGGAUGAGGGCGCCGUGCAGGUGAUUUGGGAGCUGUGGAACACCCACCUCAGGGGUGAGAAAUAGCAGCUUUGUCCGGCCCCAGUCCUGCUGGUGGAGACCCAGGAGCCGCUGAGAGCUGGUGGCUGCCCCUCAGCCUUGCCAGGGCUGUGCUAGCAGCGGGUGUUACUGUCGUGCUUCAGUCUGCAGGAUCGAGUACAUAUCAUGGGAAGGAAUGGAGGUGGACAAGCACAGCAGGUGCUGCACGGGAUAGUGGCUGCUGGAGGCAACACUUCAGCUGUGUGUGGAUGGAGCCAUCACUGGGGAAGCCGCUCCAUGGCCCAGCCGAGGGCAGGCCCUUUGUUCCCGGCUCCAGCGCUGGGUGAGGAGGGACACUGGACAUGCCUUGGAUUACGGGAUGCCUGGAUCACUGGUGCCCAUGAGGACUGCCUGUGGGCUUCAGCUGGCCAAAACCAGAGCUUUAGGCAUGAGCUUCUGUUCUUUGCAGAGGAUGGAUUUUGCUGUGUACCAGUGAAUGCCCAUAAGGAAAAGCAACAGGAAGAAAAAGACCCAACAGGUAGUUCUGUCACUGCCUUAGCAGUCCUGUGCCAUGGCUGGCAAUGACCAUGGGGCCAUUCUCCUGAGCAGACUGCUCUGUACUCAGCCACUGGCAGCAUAACAACGGAGCUGUUUGGUACCUGUGGAGUCCUACUGCAAGGGUGUCUGAGCACCUUGCAUUUGGCUCAGAAGAUCUGCCCUUGCAACAGUCCAGCAAGAGGGUUGUGAAGUCCUGGUGACUUGGCAGUUCAGUUCACAAUUGGAAAGUAUUUUGCCAGGUUACAGCUGUGGUUUAAACACUUGAGGUGAAAGCUGGUGAAGGGGAGUGGAAUCAUGGGUUCACCAGCAGCCUUUGUGCAUUAGAGGCUCUGGGAGGUUCAGAUGUCCUCAUACCUCUGCUCUGAUAUCUGUGUGUUACGCUCUUUCAGGUAUCUACUUGAAAAUAAGAAUGGGGCUCUCAGUUUUUGGCGGAUAGGGGUAAAACAUGUUCCAGUGGUUAGAAGUUGAACCCAGAGUCGAGUACAUUUUUAAACAAAGAAUGAUGCUUUCUCACCACUUCCAUCCCCUGCAGAGGAGCUGUACCCUACAGCUGCUGUUCCCUGGGAUGGCCGUGCCAGCAUCAGCAGGUCACACAUGGCCACAAGCUGCUUUGCUCACUUGCAGACAAAGCAACUGAGUCUCUGGCCUGCUUACAGGAGGACUGACAAAGUGACCAUAACAACCUUUUCUGUCCUGAAAAUAUCUUAAUUUCUGGUAGGUUAAGCAAUGAUGCUGUGCUGGUAUAGCUCAGUGUUGCUAAACCCAUCUUCUUAGGCUUUUGAAACAGAUAUCCAAGAGCAGCUGGUACUAAUCACUGCUGUAGUGACAUACUCAGCUCCCAUUUUUGUGGUUUCUAAAGGCCUGUUUUUGCAAGACUUUUUUAAAGCUCUUUGAGAAAGAACAGACAAGCUUUUGACACACAGUUCUGUGUAAAAUCUCUAGUUUUGCCAACAGCAUUUAUUUGUAGAGACCCUGCAUAUUAUAGAGGCCACUGCUUGUUCCUGGCAAUUCCCUAGAAUGGAAACUUAAAACCAAUGAUUUUUGUAAUGAAUGUGCAAUAAAUCUGUGGAAAAGCUUC